ACAAAGGCAACAGUCAGUCCCGAAAAUCAGUUCCCCAUGUCACAAGCAACCUGUUUUGCACGGGUGAGUGAAGAAGAGGCGCGCGAGUUUAACCCACCUAACAACUCACCACUAGUGACCUACAACACGCAUCCACAUCGACGAGACGUAACUAACACUGCGUGAAUCGUGUGUGGUCAUUGCUUCAUUGGAAACACAUAAUGAGAGCCAGGAAUACUUGUGAUAUACCGAGGAGGGUUAACUGUUCAAAUUUCUUCUAAAGAUGAAGUGUUGCAAAGGUCAUGGAUCUUGCAAGGUGUCUGUUGAAGAGGUCAGAGGUCGUAUGGGAUCAUACCGCGUGUUGUCAGUAGUCAUGAUCGUUGUCGGAAUAGUCAGCGUCUCUUUUGGUAUCCCCACUGUAAUCUACGCUGCUCCAAAUCCAGCCAACCCGUUCACCUCCGGCUCUGGAAUUUUCACAGGAGUAUCGUCUGUCUUGAGCGGGAUCUUUGGGAUGUUGUUGAUGAAGGAGGUACUGUCAGAGAAACCAUCAAAGGCAAGGUGUCUGGUGGUGGCAGUGAGGAUGUUUUUGCAAGUACAGAUGACGGUCGGGGGUUUGCAUCUCGGUUAUUCGAUCUGGUCAUGUGUCGUCUGCUUCAGCGGUGAUGGCGGCACCACCUGCGGUGGCGAACACCGUUCUGCUCUCAGUCUGCUCGGCGUGUACAGUUCCAUCGUUGGGCUGGCCAUUUUUGUGAUGGGCAUUCUGGCCCACGUGUUCGCCUGGAAGAUAUUCAAUGCCGCCUGGUCUUUGGGCAAAAGGUCCGAAGUGGAAAUGGUUAGUGCCUAGACUUGUGACGCUAAUACCUUGACCAGACAGGCAUUACACCUGGGGGUGGUUGUACAAAGCGAUCAUAGCGCUAAGGUGAUUGUAACUCGCGUACCUUAACAUAGACUUGCGUUAGUCUUAGCGCUAAGGUUGUUUUGUACAACGGCACCACCAGCAUCACUACAAGACAGCACCAGAUCUCUACAAAACCGACCGCCGUACCAGACCAGAUCUCUACAAGACCGCUACAAAACCGCACCAGAUCUCUACAAGACCGCAACAGAUCAGUACAGGAACUUACCAAAGAAGAUGCAGUCAAACACCUUUGUGUCGAAGCUGAAGGGACAUACGUAAUACUUCGAGUUACCCGAGGUUAUCCGAGGGUUCGAAAUAAACGUGAAACCAUAACACAAACGUGAAACCUAAAGAAGGGUUACCCAGGGACAAACUUAUACUUCGAGACAACAGUAAGUUCGACUCAACAGUGUUUGACUUGUUUCCCAGCGUCAUUAUCACUACUGAACAUAAACAAGAAAACAAAUUUAAUAACCUUCCUGUCAAUUCACGCACCUGGAUGCUUCAUUUCUUCUUCAUGGACAGUUUUCCAUUAAAGGCUGGAUGCUCCCAUUUCAGGAUUAGUGUCUGAAACGGUAUAAUUGUAGGCUUGGUGUUCUGGUCCAUACUGCUUUGUCAUCACGUUACCUGGAUGGACAGGUAAAGGUCAAGCGACAUGUAAAGACAAUCAUAUGUAAAACAGAUCUUGCCUAUGAAAUACUCGUAUGUAUACAAUGUUAUUCUUCGCACAAUGUACAAGUGUACAGUAUACCCUCAGAUUCCACGGCACAAUAUAUCAAGAAAGUGUUUAGAAAAGUUCAUUAUAUCUGUUAUAAGUUUUUGCCCCUUUACGGUUGCAAUGUCUAAAAGUUACUAGGCAUGUAUUCACAAAGAUUAAGUAAUUAUCACGAUACACAACUGUCCAAACAUACAUUUUAUACUGAACUCCCAAAUGUGUUUGAAACCUUCACAACCGUGUGCUUUACGUCUAUAUUGACAUGUUUCCAUUACCGAUCCUAUAUAUACUAGUCAGAUUUUCUAUCGACAGUUCAGGAAAAUUGUUCAGUGUUCAGCUAAACCGGUUUCAUUGGGAUUAUUCGUUGAUUCUCGUGGAACCAGUUACAAGGCGCAUUUGGAUUAUUCGUUAAUUCGGUUAAACCGGUUACAGGGUGCAUUCGGACAAAUCAUUAAUUCUGGUCAAACCGGUUGUUGGGCACACAACUCCGGUAAAUAUUAGAAGUAACGGACAUACUGUGAACAAGCAGUGAGCUACUGCUGAUAAUGUUCACCUGGAUUAUAUUUUUAUCAUAAAGAAUUUAAAGCUGACUUACUUCUCUCACUACUUUGGUUCUCGAUAAAAUGUAAGACCGUUAACCCUGUGUCGUAACCCGAGAAUCUUUUACGUCGUCACGUAAUACAGUAUAUGCAGAAACUUCCGUGCCUAUAUUUUAUACAACUUUAUUUUCCGAAUUAAUUUUAAUUUGGCCACAACAAUUUUAUUUCUUGUUUUACAGAUUUUUGUCCUUAGAAAAAUUAAGGCCAGAAAGACAAAAAAUAUGAAAAAGAUCACCAGUCAAAGUAACAUUCCUAAAAAAUACUAAAAUCAUUUUACUUUUAGCAAUUUAUGAAGUG